AUGGAUGCAGAAGAAAAGGAGAGAGAGAGAGAAGGGGAGAGGAAGGAAGGCAAUGGCAUGGCCCUUGACGGCGACACUAGAGAUAGAUAUAAAAACAGUAUGCUUUGGCUGCCCGCGAGCACUGCCCGCGUUGCCCUACGUGUCGUCUUUAGCCAAAGCUGGCGUCGUUUCCGCUCUGCCCGCUCAAGUGCAUGCCAACUUUUCAUUUUACCUGGCUGCCAUAUGUAUGUUCACACUAAGCUUGCAUAUGGAGAGUCUUUGUUUGCUUUGGUUAGUCCCAAUCAACGUUUUGGUCGACAAUUUUUGUGUAAUCGCUCAAUAAUACAUGCUUACAGUUCGUAUGAUCUCAUGCGUGGCAAGAUGACAGAUUACAUAAAGGUGACGCUCAAUUUGUCUUCUUUUCAUCAGAACUUCUAG